GCGAUACGCUGUGAACAUUGACUCGGUUGCCUCGGUAGCAUCAGUUGGAGAAAGAGAGGGUGCCGUGCGGCAUCAACUACAAGAGGAUAAUGUCGUCGAAGAGGGAGAGGAUAAUGCACAUCGAUCUCGCCUUGGAGACUGCAGAUGAUGAGGUUAGAGCACUAGAAGAAGCUGAAGAUGGUGGUGAUCGAGAAGAAGAGGAGGAAGAAAAAGAAGAAGGUGAAGUAGCCAUUUCCAAUGAAGACAAGGAAGCAAAUAAACAUCAAGAGGAGAACCAAACGGAGGAAAAGGAACAAAGUUAUGAGAAGACCACGGCAGAAGAUGUGAUCAAAGAUGAGUUGUGCGUGUUACAAGCCGAGAUGGAACGCAUGAAAGAAGAGAACAGGAUGCUUGAAGAGGCCAUCGAUCGCACCAUGAAGGAUUAUUAUGAUCUACAGAUAAAAUUUGCAGACAUCCAGCAAGAGGACCAACCAAAAGAGCAUCAGGUUUUCCUUUCGCUUGGAAGACAGAGCUCUGGUGAGAUCAAGCAGGCUAAGGUAGCUGAUCGAGGCAGUGGCUUGGCAGAUGACGAGGAGCUGUGCUUGUCUUUGAGUCUCCAUACCCAUGUUGAUCCACAUCAAAGAGACGACGCAAGAGAGGAGAAAGGGAAGGGUCUGAAAAGCUGGGCCGCCGGCGAAUUGACCACCAUCACAAGUCAAAGCAUCAAUCCAGCCACCAGAAAAACUAGGGUUUCGGUCAGAGCAAGAUGCCAAGGGCCUCCCAUGAAUGAUGGAUGCCAAUGGAGGAAGUAUGGGCAGAAGGUGGCGAAGGGGAAUCCAUGCCCCAGAGCUUACUAUCGAUGCACCGUCGCGCCGGGAUGCCCGGUGAGGAAGCAGGUGCAGCGAUGCCUGGAGGACAUGUCGAUACUUGUGACCACCUACGAAGGGACACACAACCAUCCCCUACCGGUCGGCGCGACUGCCAUGGCUUCCACAACAGCAGCAUCAGCUAAUUCCUUAUCUUCCUCGCCAUUAUCGUACCUGAACCCUUACCUGGCAAACCCUUCUCCACAGCUAUCAACCAUGCGCAGCUUCACAAGCUCUGCCGGCUACUCCGGCAUCUUUGGUGGGAGGCAACAACUUGAUAUCUUAGGACCCCAUCAUCAAGCAACCAGCAGUGCUGCUGGUGGAGGUUCUUGGAUAUCCACUGGUCAUGGAGUCUGGAAUGGUGAGGAUGAGAAGUCAUUAGCAGAACAAGUUGGUGUCAUUGCUUCGACCCAGAGAUGACCUUUGGAGUUGCAGAAGCCAUUAGCUCAUUCAUCAACGAGUACAAGUAGUAGCAACAAGGAGUUGGCAUUGUUAUGGUCAGUGAUUUUAGCUUAAUCUUAUGGGCAAGAGGCAUAAAUGAUUGCCUUGUCAAUAGGUUCUGCAGUGUUUGUUCACUGCUGAUGAAACUUUUCUCCCUUUAGUUUUGCUUUGUUUUGUCA